AUGGAAGACGACAAAAAAUCAGGCACACGGUAAGUUUUUCGCUUGUGGAGUUUGAUUUUAGGCACUAGCUUAGAGGAGAUAAUGGAUAUUACACUUGGUCUAGGAAAUCUGAUUUAUCGUGAACUGGGGGUGUUAGUGUGAUUCAUAACAGCAAGACAGAUUCGUAAACAGGUUUUACAGCGGGUUUUCCGAGACCUUGAAGCCGUUUUUUCUUUGAUUUAGCUGGAUCAAAUGCUUGAUGUCAACAUUGAUAAAAAUUUAUUUUUCUUUCAGGGUAUUUAAGAAAACGAGUCCAAAUGGCAAGAUCACAACCUAUCUCGGUAAACGCGACUUUUUGGAUCGCGGGACGUCAGUUGAUCUCAUUGGUAUGUUUGUUUUUCCCCCAUUUUCUUCAAAUUUUAGGCUAAUAUCCCCAUUCCGGAAAUAUUGAAAUAUUUUUAGACGGAAUGGUCCUCAUCGACGAAGAGUAUCUAAAACAGAACAAAAAGGUCACAGUGCAGUUACUCGCAGCGUUCCGGUAUGGUCGCGAAGAUCUGGACGUGCUAGGACUAACUUUUCGAAAAGACCUCAUCAGCCAAUUCUUUCAAGUAUACCCACCGACGGAAGCGCCUAGACCAUGUACACGGCUGCAGGAACGACUGCAGAAGAAGUUGGGAUCAAACGCUUUUCCGUUUUGGUUUGAAAUUCCACCAAAUUCCGCGUCAUCAGUCACUUUGCAGGUAUGAAUAAUGUAAUAUUUUCUUUGGAUGGGUGUUUUUAUAUGAGGAAUGAUAGUGUAUGGACUUUAAAGAGUUGGAAAUGUCAAUUAAAACCCAAUGUGUGUAAAAAUUUUGUCAUUUCAGCCUGCCCCUGGGGAUACGGGAAAGCCUUGUGGCGUGGAUUACGAAUUAAAGACCAUCGUUGGAAAUGAUUCCAUGGAAAAGCCGAAGAAACAGUAAGUUUUGACAUCAUAUUAUCACAUGAAAAUUAUAAAAUGGAAAUGGGUAAAGGAUUUGGAGAUUUGGGAUGUUAUCCAUGCUAGAUUAGCAUUUUGAAAUCUCAAAAAAAUGCCCUUAAAAUAAUAUUUUCAGUAACUCUGUACGACUCGCCAUCCGUAAACUCACAUACGCACCCAUGAUCAAACGCCCUCAACCGAUGAUCGAUGUAAACAAAGAGUUCAUAAUUUCACCUGGGGUCCUUCAUCUUGAAGCGUCAUUGGACCGAGAAGUAAGUGGUUUAUUUUUGAGUUUCUGUAUUUAGAUUGAAGAGGAGUCUAUGAGAGAGAUUUUGGAAGGGGUUCGGAUAUAGCCCAGCUUGUCGUGGUCGUGAAAUUGACCGUUGUUUGAAAUAAAAAGUGAUUUUUUGACAAGAAAUAGACAAAAAUUUGAAAUUUUGGCAUAGUUAGUGGGUGAAGUGUAUACGAAGCGUUGUUAUUAUCAUUUUGGGAGGAUUUACGACUCAAAUAAUUAAUUCGAUUUUAGAUGUACUACCACGGCGAGUCGAUAUCCGUCAACGUUCACGUCCAAAACAACAGCAGCCGCACCGUGAAGAAGAUCAAAGUGUCGGUGGUCCAAGUCGCGGACAUUUGCAUUUUCACCACCGCCUCCUACACUUGCGAUGUGGACAAAGUGGAGUCCACGGAGGGCUUCCCGAUCGGCCCCGGGUCCACUUUGUCCAAGGUCUACACCCUAUGCCCAUUGCUCUCCAAAAACAAGGAUAAACGCGGAUUGGCGCUGGAUGGACAACUGAAACACGAAGAUACGAAUCUAGCAUCGUCUACCAUGAAUCCAUCCCUCUCACAGCCGGGCAGAGAAAAUCUUGGGAUAGUGGUCAUGUACAAGGUAAAAAUCAGGCUGAUGAUCGCCGGCCCUUUGGGCGGCGAACUCAGCGCUGAACUGCCCUUCACUUUGAGCCAUGCCAAACCGGCAGACGAAAUUCAGGAGCCAAAAACACCGAAACCGAUGAGUGAGAGAAGUAUUAAUGAGAACGACCCCAUUUUUGACGUGGAUUUGAUCGAAUUUGGCGAGUAAGUUGAAAAUUAAUGGAGGAUUUGGUGGGAAAUUAGUGUUGAGAGGAGCAGUAGAUACUGUAGAAUCGAUAGGAAUGAAAUUUCAAGAAAAAAUUUAGGGCCAUAAAAAGAGAUGAGCUGAUUUUUAUAUUGAUUUAGACAUUUAGUGGGUCGAUUUUUUAAUUUGAUCUACAGUGGAAGAUUGAAGCGAAAUUUGGUGGGAAAUGGGUUUAAGGUUUUGUAAUAUAGCCUGUAGAAGAAGAUAUAGUGGAUUUCGGAAUAUUAUUUUUUGGUAGAAAGAUAAUAUGGACAAUUUUUUACCUUGUUAUAGGGGAUUUUGAAGUAAAUUUUAAAAUUUUUGGUGUUUUUCAGAAGUGAUGAUGAAGCCGAUGAUGACGAUAUCGUUUUUGAAGAUUUUGCCAGACUCCGAGUGCGAGGAACCGACUCUGAAAAUCGUAAGUCACCUUUUAUUUAUCGAAAUUUGAGAUUUUUUGAGUGGUUUUUUAAAAAAAGAGCUGUAAAUAGGACUUUUUUUUAUUUGAAUACUAAUUUUUUUGGCUGAAAUUGUAAAUCAGGGUGUAUUUUAGGCAAUGACACUCCCACAAAGCCGGUCUAG